AUGGGCAUCAAACACCUCCGACAUGAAGGCGGUUACAUAAGCAGCGGCGGUGGAUACGGCGGCGGUGGAUAUGGCGGCGGUGGAUAUAGCGGUGGAUACAGCGGUGGAUUCGGCGGCGGCAGCAGUGGAUGGAAGCUCGGUGGCGGAGGUGGAUAUGGCGGCGGUGGUUACAGCGGCGGGGGCGGCGGAUGGAAGUCCGGCGGCGGUGGAUUCGGCGGCGGCGGCGGCGGUUACGGCGGCGGCGGAAAGAUCAUCAAGAAGAAUACGGAUUUCUGUGCAGGUGCAGCCGCUGUAGUAACGUCCGCAGGCGGGCACGGCUUCGACGCGCACCUACGCGGCCCCGGCUUCGUGCUGGAACCGCCGUCGAGGAUCGAAUUCUCCAAUUCCAGCGGCGCUUGGUUGGACUGCACGGCUUCCGGAAGUCCGCCGCCCAACAUCGACUGGUCCACCGCGGACGGGCAUCCGGUGAACGAUGUGUCGGGCGUGCGAAGAGUGCUCAGAAACGGCACCCUGGUGCUCCUGCCAUUUCCGGCUGCGGCUUAUCGGCAGGACGUUCAUAGCGCCGCGUACAGAUGCGUGGCGAGCAACACCGUCGGCAGAGUGCUCAGUCGCGAUGUACAAGUCAGAGCGGUGGUGGCUCAGGCAUACAAAGUUGAAGUGGAGGUGACGGGGGGUGCAUCGAGGGGAUGCACUGCAAUAUUACGCUGCAUCAUACCCAGCUAUGUCAAAGAUUUGGUGCGCGUCGUAUCCUGGCUGCACGAACCUUCGUCCUACAUAUAUCCCUCGCUACAAGGAGAUGGCAAGUUCCACCUGCUUCCCACGGGAGAGCUUCUGGUGCACAGCCUCGAGUUCAGCGACCAGCUGAACGGCUACAGAUGCCGCACGAUGCACCGUCUCACGAGACAAGUGGUCGUUAGUUCUAUGGCCAACAUUAGGAUAGCAGAUCACAGAGGCGUAAUGCCUCCCGUGAUACUCGAAAACUCCGGUGUCGUUCACGUCGCCCAGGACGAAUCGACGUCGUUAGUCUGCGUGGCGCAGGCCUGCCCUUCGCCCGAAUAUCGGUGGUACGCGCAAACAGGAGCAGAGCCAAUGUUGGUACUCUCCGGGCCCAGAACCAGACUUCUUGGUUCUGUGCUGGCCAUCGAGGCGGUAACGUUAGAGGACAGCGGUGUGUAUCGCUGCUCCGCUUCCAAUCCUGGUGGCGAAGCGAGCGCUGAGAUCAGAUUAAUCGUGACGGCGCCUCUUCACGUGGAAGUGACGCCUCCAUUACUCAGCGUUCAUCUUGGAGGCAAUGCCGAGUUCAGGUGCGAGGUUGGCACGCAUCCGCAGGCUGGACCACACUUUAUCACAUGGUACAAGGAUGGCCGGCAACUUCCAGGGACAGGAAGGCAAUCGGAAUUACUGAAGCUCAACGGAAUCGGAAGGGAGGACCGCGGGAUGUAUCAAUGUAUUGUGAGAAGGUCGGAAGGCGAUACGGCUCAGGCAUCGGCGGAACUUCAACUGGGCGACGCGCCGCCCGUGCUCCUGUACUCGUUCAUCGAGCAAACUCUCCAGCCAGGACCCGCCGUGUCCUUAAAAUGUUCUGCCGCAGGAAAUCCUACACCUCAGGUAUCAUGGGCGUUGGACGGUUUUCCCUUACCGACUAAUGGAAGGUUCGUCAUCGGCCAAUACGUGACGGUGCACGGCGACGUUAUAUCCCACGUCAAUAUAAGCCACGUUAUGGUGGAGGAUGGCGGUGAAUAUUCCUGCACUGCCGAAAAUCGCGCGGGAAAGGUGACACAUGCUGCGCGACUGAAUGUUUACGGACUUCCCUACAUACGCCUGAUCCCGAAAGUGACCGCCGUCGCCGGCGAGACUCUCCGCUUGAAGUGCCCGGUGGCCGGGUAUCCGAUCGAGGAGAUCAAGUGGGAGAGAGCGAAUCGCGAAUUACCAGACGAUUUACGUCAGAAGGUGCUCGCGGACGGCACCCUGAUGAUCAGCAGCGUGCAGAAGAAGGGUGACGCCGGGGUGUACACCUGCUGGGCAAGGAACAAGCAAGGCCACAGCGCCAGGAGAUCCGGAGACGUCGCGGUGAUCGUACCCCCUAUUAUUGAGCCAUUUACGUUCCAAGAGGGACUAUCCGAGGGGAUGCGGACGCGGACGGUGUGCGGGGUCGCGGCGGGAGAUCCACCCCUAACUAUAUCCUGGCUGAAAGACGGCCAAAGUCCCUUUCCCUUGCCGCCGAAUCUGGCAUCCGUCGCAAACGUCUCCCAACUGGAUCCUUACUCGAGCCUCCUCAGUAUUACGAAUCUCGCGGCCGAGCACUCCGGCGACUAUACCUGCGUCGCCGCGAACCCCGCCGCCGAGGUCAGGUACACGGCCAAGCUACAGGUAAAAGUGCCGCCCAGAUGGAUCGUCGAGCCGAGCGACGUGAGCGUCGAGAGAAAUCGCCAUGUCGCGCUGCACUGCCAGGCGCAGGGCGUCCCGACGCCGACGAUCGUGUGGAAGAAGGCCACCGGGAGCAAAGCCGGUGAUUACGAGGAGUUGCGCGAAAGAACUUACACCAAGAUCCUCGGCAACGGCACCCUCCUGCUGCAACACGUCAAGGAGGACAGGGAGGGCUUCUACCUGUGCCACGCGAGCAACGGCAUUGGCAGCGGUUUGGGCAAGGUCGUGCAGCUGAAAGUCAACUCGUCCCCGUAUUUCGCGGCGCCGUCGCGGCUCGUUACCGUAAAGAAAGGGGACACGGCGACGUUGCACUGCGAGGUACACGGCGAUAAGCCGGUUACCGUUACCUGGCUGAAGGGCGGUAAAAGCGAGCUGAAUCCCUCGACGAAUUACCGCGUCGCAGUGAAGCAGGAAGUAACGCCGGACGGUGUCAUCGCGCAAUUGCAAAUCUCAUCGGCGGAGGCCGCGGACAGCGGCGCGUACUUUUGCCAGGCGAACAAUCUUUACGGCCGCGAUCAGCAGCUGGUGCAGCUGCUUGUUCAAGAGCCACCCCAACCGCCGAGCGCCCUGGAAACUGCCAUGGUGGCUAGUCGCAGCAUUAACGUUAAGUGGCAGCAUAAGUCGCAGGACACCAGCGAGGUCACCAAGUACAUUCUCCAGUACAAAGAGGGCGAGGGCGGAAUGUGGCAGCAGCAAGAAUUUACCGGGCCACCCUUGCCGUACGCGGCACUGAUUGACGAUUUGAAACCUGCCACGAGAUACACCAUACGUGUAAUAGCGGAGGGCCCAGCGGGCCGAUCUGUCCCCUCGGCGGAGCUCAUCGUCAGAACCGAGCCGCAGAAGCCAGCUGGCCCGCCGAUGAAUCUCGCAGCCAGAUCUCUCUCCUCGUCCGAGAUCCUCGUUACUUGGUCGCCGCCGCUACUGGAGCUUCGUCACGGUGACAUACAGGGUUUCAAUGUCGGCUAUAAGGAAACGAGUUCGAACAACCCGUCGUACAACUUCAGCUCUGUCUCGGGUGACGGGGAGGAGGGUGGCGGAGAAUUUCGACUUACGGGCCUUAGGCCGUACACCAGAUACACCCUCGUCGUUCGAGCUUACAAUCAAGUUGGACCAGGACCACUGUGCGAACCGUUGAUUACCCAAACCUUGGAAGACGUUCCCAGCAUGCCGCCGGAUGAUGUGAGAUGCGUGGCGCUCACCUCCCAAUCCUUGCAAGUGUCCUGGCAACCUCCGCCUAACACUCAUAGUAACGGUAUAAUCCAAGGUUACAAAUUGAACUACGAACCGAUUUUGGUUGACGCGUGGCGAGGCGUGGACGAGAUGGAGGUCCGCAAAACGAGCGCUCUGACAACGGUUCUAACGGGGCUCAGACGGUACACCAAUUACACCAUCCAGGUUUUGGCUUACACUAGAAUUGGAGACGGCGUGCCUUCCGCGACGAUUUACUGCCAGACGGAAGAAGACGUGCCAGGCAGUCCGGCCGAUAUUAAAGUCGUCGUGAGUUCGCCGCAGGCUCUAUUUAUUUCAUGGUUACCGCCACUGGAGCCAAAUGGAGUUAUCACGAAAUACAAUCUUUACACAAGGGUUGUCGACGGACGGGAGGAACUCAAUCACGGCAAGAAAACGUUACCGGCGACGAGUACGUAUUUCGAGGCGACCGACUUGCAGCAACACGUUGAGUAUCAAUUCUGGGUGACUGGUAGCACCCGAAUGGGCGAGGGCCAGAGUUCGAGGGUGGCGGCGCAAGUGCCGACGAAUCGAGUGCCGGCCAGAAUCACGUCCUUUGGUGGACACGUGGUGCGGCCGUGGCGGGGUUCGGCGACUCUGGCGUGCAACGCGGUCGGGGAUCCGACGAGAGAUUGGUACAAGAGUACCACGGAGCAGAUACGCACCGAUUCCGCUAGAAACGUACAGAUCUUGACGACUGGGGAACUAGUGCUGUCGAAUUUGCAGUCGCAAGACAGUGGGAAUUAUACCUGUCAGGUGGAAAACUCCCAAGGUAGCGAUAAGCUGCACUACACCCUCACGGUGCAAGUUCCGCCCAGUGCUCCUGUAUUGUACGUAACCAGUUCUACAUCGAGCAGCGUGUUAUUACAUUGGAAAUCCGAGUAUAACGGUGGUGCGCCUUUGACGGGCUACACGCUGUAUUAUCGAACUAGUCACGGUACUCUUGACGAAUUACAGUUAUCUCGCCAUGCGACCAGCCACGAACUGAAGGGGCUCCUGUGCGGGAACACGUAUCAGUUGUAUCUGACAUCACACAAUAAAAUCGGCAGCAGUCCGUCGUCACCGGUGCUCUCAGUUCGAACUCAGGGUCAGGCCCCGGGAAUCCCACCGGCGGCUGCCUUCCUCAGCCCGAAUUCCACCACUCUGGUGCUGCGAUUGCACGUUUGGCCCGAUAACGGUUGCUCCAUAAAGUACUUCGUGAUUCAAUACAGGCCGAUAAAUGAGUUCCAUUGGACCAUGGUGUCGAACACCGUCAAGAUGCAACGGCGAUUCCUCGUAACGAAUUUAAUGCCUAGCUCGGUCUACCAACUCAAGAUCGAGGCUCACAACGUGGCAGGCAGCAAUCAAGCAGAAUUUACGUUUGUGACGUUAACAAAAGAAGGUGGUAAGUUUGAAGAUAAGCAACUUUCAUCGGAAGAUAAAUGGAUCAGCGAUGCGUUUGCGCCGUCCGAUGAAACUAACGAUAAGAUCAAAGGCUUAUAUCCAAAAGCACUGUGUUCCUGUAACUUUACAGAAAUACCGCCGCCAGGGCUGUCAAAGCGCGGGAUGACGUCGACCAUGCCGUUUUACGCGGACAUCAAGGUGAUACUGCCGCUGCUAGUGGCCACUCUCGCGUUAGUUGCCGCAGCGGCGAUUGUCGCCUUUCGCUGGAAGAACAGGUAUUUGGGAGGUCAAAUGCAACGGCCAAUGAAGGAGUCGCAGGAAAACCAACAGAAUGCGGAGACGCAGCGAGAACGUUACUAUGCCACAAUACAUAAGGUGGCAUUGCAACAAGCGGCGAAUACGGGCGCGGGGCCUGACAAGAUUCCAGGUGAACCUUUGUUACAAUAUGGACGGCCACCAGAGACAGCGGAGGACAUUUCUCCGUACGCUACGUUCCAACUUUCGGAGGGUGGCGGGGGAAGCCUGGCAGGGUUGGGCGCGUUGGGAGGACUGGGAGGCGCGGCGGAGGCCACGGCGGCCGGUCUUCACCCGAACAACACUCUUCUACACAGCUUCAUGUACCACGAGCACGCCAUGACCGAAGGGUGUGCGAGCCCUCCACCAGCGGCGACGAGCAUGAAGAGCGCUUCGUCGAGAAGGCGGCAGCAGAGAAAGCAGCAAACCCCAGGCGAUGUCGAGAGCGACGAGAGCGAAUCUGACCCGGACCAACUGAUAAGCUCGCGCACGGAGUCGUCGAAUCAGCUGGACGCUGGAAAAUUAAAACAUAUUCGCGCGGUCUCGGACUUUAUAUAUCACGGCACGUCGAGCACGUCUUCGGACAUUUCUCCCAUGUCCGAACAGAAGUCGCUGCCACGGAGGGGGCGAUCAAGAUGGCAUGUUCCCAGCAGGAGCUCUCUACGCACACUACUGCCACCGAUCUCGGUCGCGGAGACCGCGUUCGUCGGCGGCAAUCAGGGAGUUGUGCCCACGCCAGGGAACGGGGACCGACCGGAGCUCAGCGAGGCCGAGUGCGACAUCGACUCCUUGAAGAAACUGAAACUGGGGCUGCGAAGCUCUCUAUGGUCGCGACCAAGCACUCAGAAUAAUCCCUCUUCGGAUUACUCCAUCGCCGUCUAACCUGCACCCCCGGAUGUCGCAACCCCCACGGUAGUCGCUCCCCCUUUUCUCUUAACCCGGUGGGCCAAAAAUUAGGUAAAUUGACCUUUUCCCAUCGUGUUUCGUCGAGAAUUUUCUCGUGGCUAUUCGUAGGGCCAUUCGACUGCCACGUCUUUUAACGACGAUAGGUAAAUUACGUUCUGCUCGUUAAUGACGGUCGAGGGAGAGAUGUGCAUAAAUAAUAUCGCGGAGAAGAUCGAGGUAACGAAGACGGACGGGUAUAGAAGAACACAUAUAAUCUCUCGACUUAUGAUAAAUCUUGAAGCCCUAAAACUUUUUUAAUUACACUGUUAUUACACAGAUCAAUUUAUAAUAUAAAACAUUUUUGCAUUUCAGAGAUAAAUUUUUGCAAAAAGAUAAUGGAUAAUUAUUCGACGUAUCUGGCAACGUUUUAUUUAAGAAUAAAAACGCACGACGUUUCGACCGAGAAUUCCGGUCCUUUUCAAGCGAAAAGCGUCUUUACAACAUUCUAAAGUAUCGUGUGUCAAAGAACCAGAAUUACAGUAAUACACUUAUACAACAGGAUGCGACACCGUAAAAAUGUUCUCCUGUAAACGUGUUUCUUCGUUGAUCGAGCCGAGAAAGCUAGUCGAAAGUAUCUAUAAGUAACGUGCUUCUCCUCUUCCUUGUCUACGACACGACUUGAGAUAAUACAUGUGCAUGGAGUGCAUGCGGUGCGUGAGUGAAUUCGAGUCCGAGUGCGUGGAUGAUCGUCGAAUUGCGUGUACGAAUGCGUGCCAAAACGACAAUUUGCUCAGACCGCUGCGAGUCGUUUCGCCGGCGGGCGAUCCAUUCGAGACCAAAGACUUAAUCGUACGAACAGAGCACGGGAGAGUAUCUUCGCUUAUCAUGUACAAGAGAGAUGGCAGGCUACUUCUGCUUCCAUCGCGAACAAUUUCUGCUCAUUUGUACCAAUUUUAUACACUUUUCUUUGUUUUAUACUUAAACUUUUGCGUAUAUUAUAAGUGUGUAAGACAUUUUAUCUCACUAAUUUAUGGGAAGAACGUUUCAUAUGACAUAAAAGAAUUGCUAUCCUACUUGCACAUCGUUUCAUUUUUCAUUAUAUUGAUUUAUCGUGAUCAUAACUUCCGUUUACUUCUAGCAUUUCUCUAGCGUUUAAACUUCGCGCGUGCAUCCACAUUGAUACUUAAUAAAAUAUUUAAUGAAACCUUUUUGUUCCCGCACAUCAAUAUAAAGCAACUCGAAGCUUUCGCUAUCCUGGAAAUCAUGCUCGUCUGUGUUCGGUGCGCGCAUGUUAUUAGAAAUCGGGAUGAUAACGGAUUUGGGAAAGAGAAAAGACCGGACUGCCAAGUCCCCAAAAAGCGAAUUGUUGACGGUUGGGCUCUGUUACAUUGUAAAGUUUAUAUACGUACGAAUAUAGUACCGUUGAUUACUUUAAGUCCGUUAUUAAACCUAAGACUUCUAUGUAGAACGUUUUUCUGUACGCGGAGCGCGUUACGAUCGAAGGAGUCGAGUACGAAGCUAAUCGUAGCAGACUCGUUUCCAAUUCUGUAAAAGUUUCGGCGGAGGCGCUUGAGGGAGAGUAGCGGUGAACGGGUUUCUCUCCCUCGUCAAAUCUCUCUUCUAAUGUCGUGCACCUGGAGACUUCGUGAUCUGACGCGACCAAUUUUACUAUUAUGCAAUAAGUCGUACCAUCGAAACGCCUUUUCAGACUGAACUCGAAAGUAUUACGAAAUCGCCAUUAGAAUUAAUUAAUUACGCGCGCGUAAUCUCGUUGCGCCGCAAACUCCCAAUAUUUCCACGACACUGCCAUUCCGCCAGACUUACUCACCGCGACCCAAAGGGUUUAAUUGAGAUUACUUUACACACUUCGAUAUGAGAGAAAAGAUGUUUUUGUAACUUUUACCAAGAUCGCGGUGAGCUUUUAACAUAAAACAAAAUCUGUUUAACUCGUUUUCCCGUCGAAACGUCUAAAUAGUUGAGUGUACCGUAAGAUGUUUUUUACAUUCAGACCUCUUGGCGUACGUACUUCCACUUUCUAGUUUAAUUCAGCGCGAAGAAAGCUGCUCCGAAUUUAUUGUACGCUACCGUGCAACACGUCGACGGUAACUUUGAUCCUACGUAAAAGAGGAGUCUAGGAAGGGAUUAAGAAAUUCUAGUCACGUUGUAACAUUAAGAAUUUCGGGUUUAUCGCGAGAUAACGCCGGUAAGUUAAGGGAAAUUGUGCGCGACACUAUGAAGACGAGGCCGUAGAUAAUACGUAUGUAGAAUACAAUAUAUGUUUGAGUACACGGGCAUCAAGACGCGUGCAUACAGGCAUGUACGGCGCGUAUGUUAAUGUAUAUAAGGGAAGCACGUCAAUCAAACUCGUAGUGUUCGAUUAAAUUCGAUAGAGCAAUCCUCCAAAGAGGACGAGGUGCGAUUCGCCGUCUUGCUCUUGGUACGGUUGUCGGACAUUUUCGUCGAUGCGAUUUUUGUACAUUUUUCUUGCCUCAUGGACUGACCGAGUUCUGUCAAGAGUCGUGCCACAAAUUACCUUUCAGGGACCAGUUCUCUUCGUUAUCGUUAACCACGUAAGAAACUAACGAAAACUACUCGAUGACUGAUCAACGAAUUUUUUACUGCGCCAUUUCCUGUACGGCACAAAACUUGCAGCUACAUCGCGGCGCGACCGCAAUGUGGCUACGAGCUUCCGCGUUGUACGGGUUUUCAUGAAACUAAUUUAGAUUAGACAAUCUUGCCAUUUGUCCGAUUGCAAUUUGGUACUCGACGAUCUCGCCGCGGUAAAGGUACUUUUGGUCGAUUUGUCGGAUUUUUACAUUGCACCGCGAAUGAUUACACGGUCCUCGAAGGAUGAUGCGGCGACACAACUCGGUGCAUCUCCCAUCGCCAUUUGCGAUAAUCCGUGCAGCUCGGAGAAUAUACUUUAAUUGUUGCAUCUAUAUGGACGGAGGAGGCGAGCGAACAAAUCAAAUGGACAAUUGUUAUUGUAACUACGAUUAAUUACGUCGUUGUAGAAAAAGAGAGAGAGAGAGAGAGAGAGAGAGAGAGAGAGAGAGAGAGAGAGAGAGAGAGAGAGAGAGAGAAAGAGAGAGAGCUUACCGGCGCGAAUGCGGUGCGGACGGUCCAAUCGUGAUGUGAGAUUGCGUAAAAAUCAUUGCAAAGUCUUCGCGAAGUAAAGAAUUGCAAAUACUUUCUCCGUUCUGCGAUCGGGGGUUAUACGAUUAAAACGAAUUGUCGAUUAAAUUUAAACUGUAUUAAAUCUGUGGUACGGCAUUUCGAUGCAUUGUGUCGAUCGUAGAAUCGAUUAAAUAAAAUUGAUAUCGUGUAAAGU